AUGGGCGGCGGUCCUGCUGGCUCCUAUGCCGCUGCUGCACUUGCUAGGGAAGGGAUUAAUGUCACCCUGCUCGAGUUUUCUAAAUUUCCUCGUUAUCACGUUGGCGAGAGUCUAAUACCGUCUGUCCGACAUUAUCUUCGUUUCAUUGGCGCCGAAGAAAAAAUGAUAAAUCAUGGGUUCGUCAGAAAGCCUGGGUCAGCGAUCAAGUUUAAUCAGUUCAAACGUGAAGGGUACACCGAUUUCGUUGCUCUGGGGCACAAUAAUAAUGCAUGGAACGUGGUAAAUAUUUUCCUCUUCCGAGUAGUCGAAGCGCUGACUUCGAAAAAGGUUCGGUCAGAAUUCGACCACAUGCUCCUGAACCAUGCCCGUUCUUCAGGGGCAUCAGUGUACGAGCAGACAAAGGUUGAAUCAGUGUCAUUCUCUUCCGCGGAUCCCGACAUCCCCGUUGCGGUAUCAUGGACGCAUACCCCUCCCCCUUGUCCUCCUUCUCCCCCACCAUCCCCGGUUGAAUCAAAGUUCUCUGGAAUGUUCUCCUCUUCUCCGGAAAGUCUACAAGCACCCAUACGCGGCGAGACUAGUUUUGAUUACCUCGUUGAUGCAACUGGACGCGCUGGCAUUCUGUCCACUCGCUAUUUUAAAAACAGGCACUUCAACGCCUCACUGAAGAAUGUUGCGGUAUGGGGCUAUUGGCGCAAUGUAGGUGAAUAUGGAAUAGGGUCACCGAGACAAGGAUCACCCUGGUUCGAAGCUCUGACAGACGAGUCUGGCUGGGCUUGGUUUAUUCCUCUUCACAAUGGAACGACUUCAGUUGGGGUCGUGAUGAAUGAGAAGAUCUACAAAGCCAAGCUGCAGCAUCCGUUGCCUCCUUCUCCCUUUCCGGAGAGGAAUGCACCCGUGCCACCCGGUUCAACCAUAACCGGACGGUACUUGUCUGCUCUUUCCACGGCACCUGGCGUCGUGAAAUUGAUCACUUGCUCUGGGAUGCUGGAGGAAGGAAGCGUCAGGAAUGCAAGCGACUUCAGCUAUUCUGCACCGUCAUAUGCUGGAAGAAGGUACAGGAUUGUGGGCGACGCGGGAGCUUUCAUCGACCCCUUCUUCUCGAGCGGAGUUCAUCUUGCCAUGACGUCGGCGCUAUCUGCUGCCGCCACCAUUUGCGCUUCUCUUCGAGGGCACUGCCCGGAGCAUCUGGCGUCAGAAUGGCAUACACGACGUGUUUCAACCAGUUACACUCGGUUCCAAGUUGUCGUCUUAAGCGCCUAUAAGCAAAUCCGCUCGCAAAGUGACGACGUUCUAUCUGACAUAGACGAAGACAAUUAUGACCGUGCAUUCUCUUUUUUACGGCCAGUCAUCCAAGGCGCUUCAGAUAUGGGGGCCCGCCUCUCGGAGGCGGAAUUGCAAAAAUCCCUUGACUUCUGCGUGAAGCUGUUCAAUCCAACGUGCCCAGAAGAGCACGAACGUGUUUCCCAGCGCACUGCGGUGGCAAAAGAAUUGCUGGAUGUCGCAGCCCCGAUCGUCGACCCGCGCAUCUUUGAAGAUACGCUCAACGUUUCCCUUCCCGCCCCUGAUGGAGAAGACCCAGCCAACUCGUCCGACAAUGAAAGAGCGGUCGAAACCAGAAUGGUUUUAAGCAAAAUAAAUGCCAGACGUGUCGUUCACUUGGAGUAUGCUAUCAAUAAUUUCGAACUGGAACCACUGGAGGGGUAUGUUGUAAAGCUGGAACGUGGAAAACUAGGUUUGACCAUUGCAUCUUAA